AUGCCAGUAAAAAAAAGAGCCUCUUUGGGAAGAAGUACAUCAGCUGCAAGAAGAAUGACAGCAACAAGAGCAGCUGAAUCUCCAGAACGGAGACAAGGUCGACGGGAAGAAGAUCGAGCCAGACAUGCAGCUACAAGAGGAGCUGAGGAUCCCAUACAGAGACGGACUCGAAGUGAAGAUCAGCGUAGACGACAAGCAGCCUCAAGAGCAGCGCAAUGGACAUUUAUGGAAGGGGAAGCGUUUCGUUAUGAUCCAGCCAACAACUAUGACAGCCAUCCUCAACUUUAUAUUGGACAAAUGAGUGAUGUUUGCCCAUACUGUAAUGCCCUCAAGUGGCAUGCAGAAACACGAGGUAUGUGCUGCUCUGGUGGUAAAGUAAAGUUACCUGAACUUCAGCCUCCUCCUGAACCACUGAAAUCAUUAAUAGGCCCUACUUCAUUUGAAGCUCUUCGAACUGUAAACGGUCAGAUCUGUGCAACAUUUCGUGAAGCAUGUCAAUUACAUGGAUUACUGGAAGAUGAUCAGCAAUGGGAUGCCACCAUGUCCGAAGCAGCUGCAGCUCAAUCGCCAGCAAGAUUAAGAAAUCUAUUUGCUCUUAUACUAGCUGUUUGUGGACCAUCCAAUCCAAAACAAUUAUGGGAGUCGUACAAAGAAAGCUUGACUGAAGACAUUCUGAGAAAUGCUCGCAGGCAAAAUCCUGGAAUGAAUUUGGAUUAUACACCAGAUAUGUUUAAUCAAGCACUGAUUAUUAUUGAAAAUAAAGUUUUAGAGAUGGGUGGCAAAGAACUUGAGAAAUUAGAGCUCCCAACUCCUCAACGAAAUUCGGGUGAUCGAUUAAACAGUGCAAUGCUCAGAGAAACAAGUUAUGAUGUGAAAGAGUUGGAUGCUUAUAUAACAGCAAAUGAGCCACUGUUGGUGCCGGAUCAGAGAGCUGCAUACAAUGCGAUUUUGGAUCAGAUCGAGAAGAAAGCUGGUGGAAUAAUCUUCCUUGAUGCACCUGGUGGAACAGGGAAGACAUUUGUCAUUAAUUUGUUAUUGGCUAAAAUCCGGCAUCAGUCAAAGAUUGCGAUUGCGGUCGCCUCUUCCGGUAUCGCUGCUACGCUGCUUCACGGUGGUCGUACUGCGCACUCGACAUUAAAGUUACCUCUUAAGUUUUUGGAAAAUCAAACUCAUGUCUGUAGUAUUACCAAAGGAACUGGCGAAGCAAAGGUUCUGCAAGAAUGUGAACUUAUUGUAUGGGACGAGUGCACAAUGGCUCAUAGGUAUGCAUUAGAAGCUUUGAACCAUACUUUACAGGAUCUUCGUAACAAUGGAAAGAAUAUGGGUGGAGUAGUUGUACUUAUUGCUGGCGAUUUUAGGCAAACAUUACUAGUUAUUCCAAAGGGUACCAUGGCUGAUGAGCUAAAAGCUUGCUUGA